GAUGAGUAGGUAAAAUUGGGGUCGUUCUAAAUAUUAACAUACUCACAGAGUAAAAAAUGGCGGUACAUGAGCUGAAUUCAACAGAUUAUGCCACUAUGGAAAAGGAACUAGAGAAUGAGCUGUCUCUCUCCAUCUGUGUAUUUAAUCAUUUCAAAUUGCUGAGGAGGGGUUUGUUGACUGAUAAAACAGUUCUCGUAGAUAGUUGGCCAAAUUUCUCUGCAGUUGUCAUCGUGGAUAGCAAGAGGAAGAAAACUUUGCAAUACGCAGUGGCUUUCUGCAAACAACCAAACUUCUGUCAAUCUCUUGAGAUCUUGCUACGACAUGCUUUUAAAGUGCUGGCAUCACCGUUAUCCAUUAUUGGCUGUACAAGUGCUGUGAUAGAUGCCUUGGUUAACAGAUUCAGAGAUCCAAAAACCUCUCCUGUUAAAAGAAGAAUUGAUGGAGUUGUUUUUACACUUCCUCCUGACAAAAUAGUUCCUCUAGAAACUCCAGAUGGAUUCAGAAUCUCCAAAUUAAAGCAAUCUCAGGUAGAAAAUGUUCAUAACUCGUGGAAAAGUAAAGAAAAAUAUGAGCGAUUUGUAGACGUGAGGUGUUGGAUAAGAUAUCUUAUCUCUAAUUUCCACACCGUCUGUAUCGAGACCGAGGAUGGACGUCCUGUUGCCUGGGAACUUCAACAAGAAUAUGGCGGGAUAGGGAUGUUGUACGUGGAACCUGAGUACAGGAGAGCCAAUCUAGGAAGCGUUGUCACAAGGACACUCGCCGGAAAACUGGUUAAAGACGGUCAAUUAGUGUUUGCUUUUGUUGAAGACACCAACGAGACAUCAAUUAAUUUCCACAAGAAAAAUGGUUACAUACUUAUGCCUUUCAAACUUUCAUUUGCAAUCUACAAUUUGUAGCAUCGAAAAGCACAUUCUACCUGCAGAAUAUCUACAGAGGACACAUAUUGAGACCUUAAAUAAAACGAGUGCUGAGUGUUAUUGGUCAGAAUUACCCUUGAUAAAAUAGUAGCAGAAUUUACUAACAAAAAGCAAUUAAAAAUUAUCAAGACUUACUUAAAUUAAGGAUUGAAAGAAAAUUGUAACUAUUGCAAAAUAUUAACUUACGGUAGUUGAACAAUAAAUAUGAAAAAUCCGUGCCGAACUGAAUAUACACACAAAAUAGUUAAUUCCCAAAAUCCUGGUUCCCAGUUAUAAAUAGUUCAAAUGCAUAGAAAGUGUAUAACCAGAGCUUUUUCUAAUCCAAGGCUUUUUUGUCAUAAGAAUUUUAGUGUAUUUAUACUAGCGGGAAAAAGAAACUGCAUUAUUUGAUAUAUGAAAAAUAAAAUAUAAAAAAAAUAACAAUGAAUAAA